AUGGCUGUUGUAUCUUCUGCCAGCGAACUCGACAAUGGUUAUAUCCCGAAACCAGAGAACAGCAUUCCAGAUAACCAACCAAAACAACAGGACAACGGCAACCCUGUGGACAGUCCAACAAAUUUCAACAUACCAAUUAAAUCGGAACCCAAACCAAAGGUACCUGUGACUUCACCAUCACCAGGGCACAAGAAGCCUAAGUACAACCACCCAUUAACAAUCUACAAAAAACCAUUUCCCACCCCAUUGCCCGUACAUAAGAAGAAGCCAAUAUACAAGAAGCCCAUAUAUAUUCCGAAGCCUAUCUAUAUUCCAAUUUACAAGAAUCCAACUAAUGAUACUCCUGCCCAAGCUCCAGCUCCAGCUCCAGCUCCAGCUGAGGAUGAUUAUCCUGUAUACCCUCCACCUUCACCUCCAUCUUCAUCUUCAUCUCCACUUCCACCUUCACCAAUCCAAUCUCCCACAAACGGUGCACCUCCACCAUAUAAGUCACUAGACUAUAUUCCAGCUCCAGUAUUUGACCCUCCAAUUAAUGAGCCCUCUCGUUGA